AUGGAAUGCGGUUCCCUUCGAAGAACCGCUCUGCAGUUUAAUGCCAUCGGCAAUUCCCAGCGGCAUGUUUACUUAAAUACAGGGAGGUCCGGUUUCAUCGUUCGGCCGGUGGCGGGUUAUAUCUCUGCUCGGGACUUUCUCUCUGGCCUUGCAUUCCGUGUGUUCUUCUGCACACAGUACAUACGUCAUCCUUCGGACCCUUUCUAUACACCAGAACCUGACUGCGUGCACGAACUAAUGGGUCAUAUGCCGCUUCUGGCGGAUCCAAGCUUCGCGCGAUUCUCACAGGAAUUGGGCUUAGCAUCGCUCGGGGCCUCAGACGAGGAGGUGAAACGUCUAGCUGCAGUCUAUUUCUUUACGGUGGAAUUUGGACUGUGUCACGAGGAUGGAGAGCUGCGCGCUUAUGGGGCGGGUUUAUUAUCCUCCAUCGGAGAGUUGAAGCACGCCCUAAGUGAUGCAUCUAUGAAGAAACCUUUCGUACCCGAGGAGGUCGUGAAAGCUGAAUGUCUUGUGACCACCUUUCAAAAUGCCUACUUUGUGACUUCAAGCUUUGAAGAAGCGAAAGACAAAAUGCGGUAA